AACAAUGGCGUUAAAAUAUGGUCAACUAAACGUAGCCUUAUCUAUUCUUUGCUAGGAAGUUGAGUAGUGCGGGUUUUCCUUACCUUAUUAGCUUAUAAAACCGUAGAAAACAUACAUGCAUGAUUUCCAUGACACCACCAACUAUAUAUAUGUUAGAUAAAUGUGGUAUGUUUUCUCAAGAAAUUAAAAAAAAAAGGUUGAUAUAAAAUUAUAGAAAUGAGGGUUUGUUACAAAAGAAGUUGUUUUUCUGGUGUUAUCACAUUAAUUAUGCUGUGUUUUACGGCUAAGGCAUGGAACUCAUCAAUACAAGUAGACAUGGAAGUGGAUGUACCUUGUAUCUUUGUAUUUGGGGAUUCUUUGGUUGAUAAUGGUAACAACAAUAAUAUUUUCACUAUUGUGAAAUCUAAUUUUUGGCCUUAUGGUAUCGAUUUCCCUCUAGGGCCUACCGGUCGUUUUACCAAUGGUCGAACUUUUGUUGAUGUUUUGGCUGAAAUUCUAGGAUUUGUGGAUUACAUUCCUCCAUUUUCAGGAUCAUCAAGUUAUGUUGGUGACUUCCUUAAGGGAGCUAAUUUUGCAUCAGGAGCAGCUGGGAUUAGAGAUGAGACUGGCAAUUAUCUGGGAAUUAAUGUACCAAUGAAUGGACAAAUAAGGAACUUCGAAAAGGUGAUUGAACAAAUAAGGGAGCAUUUUAGAAGAGAUGAGAAAGCCGUACAAGAUUAUCUAAGCAAAUGUAUCAUUUAUUCUGGAAUGGGAAACAAUGACUACCUCAACAAUUAUUUAUUGCCUUGGCAAUAUCCUACUUCUGCUCUUUUCACACCACCUCAGUUUGCUAGAUCCCUUCUUCAAGAUUACGAGCGUCAACUUACGGCUUUGUACAAUCUUGGAGUUAGGAAGAUGGUAUUACCAGGAAUUGGGAAAAUGGGGUGCAUUCCUAUCAAUAGAUUGAAGGAUAACGUGACAGGAGAAAGACCUUGUAAUGAAGAUCAAAAUAAUCUUGUCAACUUCUUCAAUAUCGGCCUUAGAAACCUGGUUGAUACUUUUAACAAUGGUCGUUUGCCUGGAGCCAAAUCUGUCUACUUGGAUUAUUUUGGAGAAUGCACUGAAUUCGAAUCUAACAGGCAAUUUUACGGGUUUGAUGUGAUAGAUGUAGGAUGUUGUGGAGUAGGGAAUUACUCGAAUGGCGGCGAGAUUACAUGCCUUCCAUUCCAGACUCCUUGUGCAGAUCGCAAGAAGUACUUGUAUUGGGAUGCCUUUCAUCCAUCUGAAUUGGUUCACAUCAUACUUGCUAAGAAGGCUUACAACGACGACUCGCAUUCGUAUGCAUACCCUAUUGACAUUAAGCAGCUAGCAAUGCUCUAAUUAUAUAUUAAGGUUUUGUAUAUGUAGGAUACAUUAUUUUGUACACCUAAUUAAGAUAACAAUUCAAGGAUAGUAGAUAAUUUAUGCUUAACAUCUUAAAUUAUACUUUGCUAUCAUGGUAAUUAUUAUAAGGCUAGGAUACAAUAUAACCCUUGAUAAUAGGGGCAAUAGCUAGUUGCAACUAACAAAUACUCACAAAUUUUAAUUACUAAACUUUUUGAGGCCA